GCAGCUGCAGCGCAUUGGUGGAAAAAAAUUACGCCGGUGAUUUGGUACUACGAAGAACGAUGAGACAUAAGACACGAUCGCGAUCUAAUCUGUUACUUCAGUUUUUGGCUGUGUUGUGAAUUUUAAAAAUUAAUUUAUCAUGUUGUACCUUGUCCGGAGCCUUCUUGGCGCAGCCUUGCUCUUGCAACUCCUGCACAACAGCGUGGCCUCCUCUCUGCUCACACCCCCGCAGUUGGCGCUGAUCGUCGCCUUUGAAGAUGUCUACGACUUGUCCCUACUGGCCAACACAAUCUCAGGUCUCGGCAUCGAGACCACACUUGUUGUAUCCUCGUCUGGUGCUAGCUACGAGCGCUAUGAAAAUCUCAACGGCGUUGAGCUGAUAAGUAUCAAUAAUACCAGCUUGGGAGCCGGUGAUGACGAUGAUCGAGCUGUGAAGCUCUGCGAUAGUUUCAUUUCUGACAUCAAUGUGAUGCAGUAUGCUCAGAAGAUGCAGCCCACCUUUGUCAUCUUUCCAGGAGUCAGGCACGAUGCUUGUUUGCUACCCUGGACGCUUUCCAUACACUCGAUUCCUGUGAUUUGGGCUCGUGGCCACUAUGAAGAAUUUUACGCAUUUACCAAAACAGGAAUGGCUUUACCGGUUCACGAGCUCAAUUUUGUACAAAGUUUCAUUGAAAGUCUCAAUUUGAGAUUUUUUGUGUACAACAUAGAAAACAAAUACGUGGUGCCUACUCAGAAAAUGUUGCUCGAAAAAUUAUCUCAGGCCACUAUUCCACUGUCUAAUCUCUACUCAAACGUGCAACUCGUCUUGUGGGGUGCAGAUCCAAUUUUGAGGAAUAAUUAUUCACCCUUGACUCAAUUGGUGGCUGAAAUUGGCUGCCAUCAUUGCAGAGGACCCCAACCACUACCUGCUGAUCUUCAAAAGGAAUUGAUUGAAUUUAGAACUGGUACAAUUGCUGUGCUCCUGGAUGAAAAUUAUGAGGCAUUAGUUUAUGAUCUUGCCCAAAAACUACCAAAUAAUAGGCAAGGACUGGCUGUGAUGUGGAAGAAUAAGAAUACGAAAUCGGACAAAGACAAACCAAGCAAUCUUUUCAUUCACAGGAACGUGGAUCGACAGGAUAUCAUAGGUUACCCACGUACCAGAUUAGUUCUAUGCCAUUGUACAGACUCGGAAUUUCUCGAAAGUGCAUUCCAUGGUACACCAAUGGUCUGCUUCCCUCGUAAACUAGACGAACAGCGCAAUGCUUUAAGGGCACAUCAGCUGGGAUUUGGAUAUAUUUUUGAAUCCAGUGUGGUAUCAGAUAACGUUGCCAAUGUCGUCAAGGAAAUUCAUCAAAGCACUCAUUAUCGUGAAAAUGCUCGUUCUGCAUCGCAAGCUAUACGUGACCGCUCCAGUCAUGCCAUGGAUCGCAUCCAGUUCUGGUUGGGCUACACAGCUCGUCAUUAUGGCGAAAGUAAAAAUCUUUUGCUGCCAAAAAAAGUGUCAACGUACAAUGAGACUCUCCAAGUCAUUAUUGGAGCUCUUUUGGGAUUCUUUUUUGCCAUUAUGCUCAGCGUUCUAUUUUACUUCAGUAUUCAAUUUAGAGACAUCAGUAAGAAAAAAUUUGACCACAAAAAAAAACAUAAAAAGUAAUUUGAAAUUCAUAAGAUCCUAUUUUCCAUUCUAUUCUCUCUAAAUUAUUUUUUAUUUUCACCCUAAUUUUACUCGUGUGACUUUUACGUGUUCUCAUUGACGGUCUUUUUUUAAUUCUUGAUCAUGUAAGAAGUCAUUAGUUAUAAAAAUAUUACUUUUCAUUUAUCAAUGAGAUUUUGCAGAUGCCUUGUAAACUUCAUCAAUAUUAAAAAACAAACCAUUGCCAAAGGUUUAUUAGUUUAAGACACAGGUUUUGCUCCUUAGUAUUUUGAGAUCAAAAGAGUCAAACGGACUAUUCUCUUACCUAUUAUAUCUCAAUUAUUAAUAAGGCUUAUAAAUGUGCCUGUAAAAUAAAAGACAUUUUUUGUACAGCAUGUAACAGCUAACAACUGACUUACAUAGUUAUGUUUAAAUGGGGCGAAUGAAUAAAUAAACAAAUGUGUGCUUUUUCACAAGAAGUAUUUAUAAACACAUGUAUAUAGGUAUACAAUGCAUGCAUACACAUAAAUACUAAUAAUUAUGCUCUUACCAAAAACUAAUUCGAGCAUUUUUACAGAUAGCUUAGUUUUUUAUAACGAUAAAAAAAAUUUUGAUUGCAAUACU